CAUAGGCCAAUGGGUUUGGAAAACCCAAUAUAACUCUUCAGGACUCACAAUGCAAAGCAACCUCAAACGCCACCCAUUAUAUACUGGAGACGCCUCUGUCUGGCUGCCAAACCUCCAAAAUCCCCUCGCACCCCAGCCCAGUGGUCCUCUACAUCAAUGCAAUUGUUAUUAGCCAAUCAGAGCAGAAAGAUGGAAGUGGCUGGCCUGUUGAUGAUGAAGAUAUGGAGCCUGGAGAAGUUUUAUUACCUGGAGAUGCAUUACCGGAGCUCACAGAACGAAUUUUACCAGUAAACGGACAUCAUGCGACUAUUUUGUUCAACUGCACCUACCGCAAGAACCAGGACAGUCCAUUUGACACCGAUGCUGGAUCUGAUGAUUUUCUUGUAGACUCUACAGCCAAUGUGACCUUCAACAUGGAGCUUUAUAACAACCACUUCCAGUUCCCCAACAGCCAGCCGUUUCUCACAGUCACUGAGAACAGACCUGUCUUUGUGGAGAUUGCAGCCACAAAAGCUGACCCCAACCUUGGCUUCAUGAUCCAGACCUGCUUCAUAUCUCCAGACUCCAAUCCUGCCGUGCAGUCGGAGUAUGUUGUCAUAGAGAACAUCUGUCCCAAGGAUGACUCUGUGGUCUACUACCCUCAGCGAGGAGAUUUCCCCAUUCCUCAUGCUCAGAUGGACAAAAAACGCUUCAGCUUCACCUACAGAUCAAAGUUCAAUGUGUCACUGCUCUUCCUGCACUGUGAGAUGUCACUCUGCUCCAGAAGAAAUGACAAGGAGAUGAACCUGGCCGAGUGUAUGUUACCGGAUGAAGCCUGCACUUCCCUCAGUAUAGAGAGCAUCCUACUCAUCAUGAUGAACACAAAGACCUUGACCAAACCAAUAGUGGUCAUAUCUGACGACAUGCCAGUCACUGUUAAGGUCCCUUGGGAUGAAAGUCCACCACGUCAAGGCAUCAUAUAUGUCUUGGACACCCCAACUGUGGUGGGCAUCGCGUUUGCUGCCUUUGUAAUCGGAGCCCUUCUGACUGGAGCUCUAUGGUUUAUCUACUCGCAUACAGGUGGCACAGCUGCAGGACAGCAGGUGCCGAGUUGUCCGCCAGUGUCUGAAAACAGCAGCGCGGCUCACAGUAUCGGCAGCACACAGAGCACACCGUGUUCAAGCAGCAGCAACGCGUAGAACAGCUGGACUGACUUCUGCUUGCAGUGCCAUUUGUGGAAGAACAUGUGAAUAAGUAGCACAACAGGC